CCCAGUCAGUCACCUCGUGUGCGACCGGCCGGCAGCAGCAGCAGCAGCAGGCACUUCACAAACAAGAGCGCGGACCUCAGCGGCACAGAGAUCCUUCCCUACCCGGGGUUUGUCGUUUGGAUCUGGGCAAAGAGAAGAGAGGAGGACCAGGGGGAGGAGAAUGGGACAGCGGUGCCUGGAGUCCGCUCGGUGCAUUUGAGAGCUCCUCCGACCCGUUUCCAGGUUCCUUGUCUCCCGGCUCCGAGUCACGUUUUCCCCGCUGACACAACACAAUGGGCUGCUGCAGCGGGCGAUGCACCCUCAUCUUUAUCUGCACUUUACAGUUGUUACUGGCUUUGGAGAGACAGGUCUUUGACUUCCUGGGCUACCAGUGGGCCCCCAUCCUCGCCAACUUCGUCCACAUCAUCAUCGUCAUCCUCGGCCUCUUCGGCACCAUCCAGUACCGGCCGCGCUACAUCGUGGUGUACACAGUAUGGGCCGCUCUGUGGGUCGCCUGGAACGUCUUCAUCAUCUGCUUCUACCUGGACGUGGGAGGCCUGUCCAAGGACAGUGACCUGCUGACAUUUAACAUCUCAGCCCAUCACUCGUGGUGGAGUGAGCACGGGCCGGGCUGUGUGAGGAGGGAGAUGCCCCAGGCUCCAGGGAUCCGCACCACAGAGAGCCACUCCUACAUCACUGUCAUGGGCUGCCUCCUGGACUACCAGUACAUCGAGGUCGUGCACAGUGGCACACAGAUCCUUUUUGCUCUCCUGGGCUUCGUGUACGCCUGCUAUGUUGUCAGCGCCAUCACUGAGGAGGAGGACAGCUUUGAUUUUAUUGGUGGAUUUGACCCAUUCCCUCUCUACCAUGUCAAUGAGAAACCAUCUCAUCUCCUCUUAAAGCCCAUGUACCUGUCUACGUAAAUAGGAGAGCGUCCAGCUGGGAGGUGACACAGCAGGUUCCCACGGAGACAAAAUGGCUGUUUUGACACAAACGUCCCCAGUGCACCGGGGCAUGCCAGACAUUCCUCCCCCUUCUUGAUUUCAGUUCUUUAAACAUGUCAUUUACUGGUGUGCCGCCCAGUAAAGCCAACACUUCUCAGUUAGGGUCCAUUGUUUCCCAUGGAGAGAUGAAGGGCCCUGAGAACGAGGGGGGGGGGGGAUUACACU